AUGGAGGAUGGAACAAAUUCACAGCCAGACAGGAAGCGCUCUAUACCAUCGGCAAGUGCAUUUAGAGGAAUAUCCCUUAUUGGGGCUGGGAUCGUUGGAGGAGCUGACAGAGGGGCUAGUGGUCGGUUUUUGGUGCUGGCUGCAUGGCUGGGAUCAGUGGAGGGGCUGGCAGCAUGGCUGGGAUGGAGAGGAGGAGCAGCGGCCAGUUUUUGA